UCCAGCAGCACGGCCAGCUUCGCCUUCUCCGGGACUUGCACCUCCAUCACGGCGUAACGAUAUCGGCAGGAGCCUUGCCAAUACACCUAUCAACCAGACAUCACCUCUCCGGUCACCCGUAAGCAUACCAAGCCCUAUAACGCCAUCACCUCGAUCACAUUCCAGCCGAAGAUCCGACCCGGGGUCAAUGCAACACUUCCCGUCCGUUCAAUCAGGCUCUCCUCGAAACAUGAUGCUCGGAGAAGCCGGGCCAAGCAACUGGCGCCAUCCGUCGCCUUCUCCUCGAAGGUCCACUCGGCCGCCGUCCUACGAGUCACCCGCGCUGCCUGAAGGAAUCGGCCAGUUUCAACCGCCGUCACCAUCAAGCUCCAGUCCAGGAUUGGGUUCUUCGCGGUGGGUUCUACCCAGCCCGGUAAGCUCACAAAACUCCCGUCAGAGCGUGAGGACGGGAGUAGCUGGUCCGAGUAACCGGCUACCCCGUGAUCUGGGCAACAUGCGCUUCAGCGUUGUGCGCAGCGUUGGCCCUGAAGGCCAACCCAGAUACACACUCCACCCUAAUCGAUCGGACCCCGGUGUCAGGCGCCGGCACCGCUCGCAGUCUCCUGGUUGGCCGAGCAUGUCCACGCCCAGUCGACAUACACCACCACCUCUAUAUAACCGUCGCUAUAUGCCACCCGCGCGAGUCGGUGGAUACUCAAGUGCUCCGGCAUCACAGAGAGCAUCCAGGGAGUCGGUGGACGUCUGGGAGAGGCCGAGAUCAUUGGACUAUGGCAGACGGAGAUACUGACCUUCAUCGUCGCUGACGAGUACUGGAAGCAUUAUAAGGAAGGUCGGUUGAUAAACGUCAGCUUCCCCACACUGUGUGGACUGUGUGGAAGAACCGGGGAAUGAGCUGUAUGACCACCAGUCUGUACUGAUAUGACUGUACGAAAACCACAUUGGAAUGGUUUUGGGCAUAGCCUCGCAUUACCUUAAUAACUUGCCGUAUGUUACCUAAGUGCUGCAGACCUGCCUUACAGCAAGUGCUCCAGUAUCCGCGGCCGUGUUUGCGACCGACCGCAU